AUGGUUUCCUUCUCCUCCCUCCUUUUGGCGUGCUCUGCCGCCGCUGGUGUCCUCGCCGCCCCUAGCGAGCUUGUUGCACGCGGUGGAACUCCCAGCUCCACUGGCACCCACAACGGCUUCUAUUAUUCCUUCUGGACUGACAACGCCGGCCAAGUCACCUAUACCAACGGAAACGCCGGCUCAUACAGCGUCCAGUGGUCUGGAAACAACGGCAACUUUGUUGGUGGAAAGGGAUGGAACCCCGGUGGACCUAAGACUAUCAACUACUCCGGUACCUAUAACCCCAACGGCAACAGCUACCUCGCCGUCUACGGUUGGACCCAAAACCCUCUUGUUGAGUACUAUAUCGUCGAGAACUUCGGUACCUACAACCCAUCCAGUGGCGGCCAGAAGAAGGGUUCCGUCACCGCCGAUGGUUCCGUAUAUGACAUCUACGUGAGCACCCGUACCAACCAACCUUCCAUCGAGGGUACCAGCACCUUCCAGCAGUACUGGUCUGUCCGUCAAAACAAGCGCUCCGGUGGAUCAGUCAACACGGCUACCCACUUUGACGCAUGGGCCAAGGUCGGAUUGAACUUGGGCAAACACAACUACAUGAUUGUCGCCACCGAGGGUUACUUCAGCAGCGGAUCUUCCAGCAUCACCGUUUCUUAA